AUGGAUACUAACGUUUACUGUCCUUUCUGUGGAAUUAUUCUGGAGUUCGAUCCUGAUUAUGAUUUUGGCUUCAUUGACGAUGAUGGUUUGCCAACAGCUCGUCCUUGGUACGCAGAAGUUCGAGGCCUCUAUGCAGCCGAUCCUCCGACUGGCUCAAUUAGGAUCACCGGGGUAGGGAUUGUCCGUGCCGAGGGCAACCUCAACGCACCGGUCGACAGCGACCUGUCCUACGUCGACGUGGGUCUUGAUGCAUUGGAGGAAUGGGCGUUCUGCAAGACAACUGAACCUCGGUGGUGCUUUGGCUUUCACAACUCCUGCUGGAAGUUGCUUCUUCGCCGGCUCAGUCAUGGACGGGGUGGAUCCUCGCCCGAUGAGACAACCAUUGUGGAGUCUGUCUUCUAUCAACUCUACUGCACUCCUUGUUUUGAUGGUUCGUGCUUCCAACUUGGUCAUGAUUACCUGGGCGCGGCACAAGCACAGACGCUUCAUGGCAAUCCAUUGCAAGAUAUACUUAACCUGCGACUGGUAUGUCGCGAUCUAGCGACACAUGCAAACGGCCUUAUGAUUUCCCAGUCUUACUGGCGGCAUAGAUUCCUCCCCGGGCAAGAGGCCGACUUUAUCUUACCCCGGUCUUCGGAUAUAGAGAACUGGUUUGGGCUGUUCUUCGGGACCAGGGAAUUGAUAACUAUUGGAUGUAGGAACUUGGUCAAUAGAAAGAGGAUCAUCCGGUUGCUGGAACCUUUCGCAAAUCUGGUGAACCGAGAGAGCGCUUUGAGAAAUGGCCCAAGCGGGCUUGCAUUUGAGAUAGCACAACGCUCAGGCAGCCGUAUUCUGCUAAUCGACAGUGAAGACGGAGGGCAGCAGGGCCAGCUCGGCAGUCGGUUGGUCGGAUAUCACAAUCCGGCGUCCGAGAAGAGGAUCGAGAUCCCGAGCCCGUCCCACGCCGAAGCCAUCUCUCUGAUGUUCUCCUCGGAUGGGUUGACGGGAAUCGGGUUUAUCUUCACACCCUUCGGUCCAACGAUCUGGAUUGGAGAACACUAUGGGCCGAUGAUCGCGCAGACCACCAUAGGUAUUCCCGAUGGAGACGAUCCCUGCUACUUGCUUGCAGGUUUGGAUCAUUUUAAGAUUGUCUCGCUUGGAAUUGGAAAACCGUUUGAUCCUAUUCUCGAUGAGGUGUUGGUAGAAUUAUACGGUACUCGUCGGAGAUCUCAGCAAAAGGCUCUUGAUCAACAGUUUGGGCUUGAUUAUCCGAACGAUGCACAGGUUUAA